AUGGAGUUUCAUGUGAAUCAUGUUUAUCGUGAAGGAAAUGUUGUGGCUGAUUUUCUUGCCAAGAGAGGUGCAAGGGGUUCUGAUAUGGAUUGGUACAAUGAUAGUGAUCAUCUGCCUAGCCAGUUGCAUGGUCUUCUCAUAAUGGAUAGAAUUGGUGUUUCUUAUCUAUUUCCAAAGAGCAAAGCUAAGCCUUUACAUAUAUCCAUUCAAGAUAGAAGUUCAAGAUGCAAGUUUUCUCUGCUGAAACUUGUCCUCCUAGUUAUCGUAUCUGGAGCAUUUGUAAAACUCCUACACUCUCCAGACGUUUACAACAGCAAUGGGCUAGCACAUUCUGGUUCUAGGUCAAGUUUUGUGGACAGGUGGAUAUGGGGUGGUCAAGAUCCUCGCUAUCGAUCAAAUCUAGACAUUGAAUGGGAUGACAUUAUGAAAGUUCUGGAAAAGGUGACCGAGAAUCAUGAAAAAUGGGGAAUCGGUCUUGUAAACUUCAAUAACCGUGAAAUCGAUCAUUGGAAGCAGCUUAUUCCUGAUGCCAAACACAUUGUUCCGCACUUGGACUACGCUGAAAAAAAUGUGACAUGGGCUUCCUUAUAUCCAGAAUGGAUUGAUGAGGAAGAAGAAACUGAAGUACCCAUUUGUCCAUCUCUACCAAAGAUUGAUGCCACAGGAAUCCGACUUAAUCUUAUAGCUGUUAAGCUUCCUUGUCGGAACGAGGGGAAUUGGUCCAGAGAUGUAGGUCGGCUGCACUUGCAGCUUGCAGCUGCUGAUCUAGCAGCCUCCUUCAAAGGCUUGUAUCCAGUGCAUUUGCUUUUCAUUACCAAGUGCUUCCCUAUACCAAAUCUGUUUACUUGCAAGGAACUUAUUGCACAUCAAGGGAAUGCAUGGCUAUACAAACCAGGCCUGCAUGCACUAAGAGAAAAAGUCCAUCUCCCUGUAGGCUCUUGCGAACUUGCACUUCCUCUCAGGGGCAAUGGUAUUGUGGGUCUUGUCCAUCCUGACUCCACCAUUAGCCAGACUUUCUCAUCAAGCGAUUUUAGAAAUGCUCUCAUUCUUACCUUUCAGUCAAAUCUUGUGGACAGGUGGAUAUGGGGUGGUCAAGAUCCUCAUUAUCGAUCAAAUCUAAACAUUGAGUGGGAUGACAUUAUGAAAGUUCUAGAAAAGGUGACUAAGAAUCAUGAAAAAUGGGGAAUUGGUCUUGUAAACUUCAAUAACCGUGAAAUUGAUGAAGCAGCUUAUUCCUGA